AUGUGUGGAAUCUUUGCCUAUAUUGGGAACAGGGAGGCAGCUUCGCUGUUGAUAACUGCGCUGAAGCGUCUGGAAUAUCGCGGGUAUGACUCCGCUGGCAUCGGCAUCCAUGGCGUGCCGCUGAAGGUGCGUAAAAAAGCUGGGAAGGUGUCCAACUUGGAGGAGGAUGUGGCACACGCCGGCACCCAGGUUUCUGGCACGCUGGGCAUUGCGCACACCAGAUGGGCAACUCACGGCAAGCCUACGGAUUGCAACGCGCACCCCCAGACGACCGCAGAGUCGAGCAUUGCCGUAGUGCACAACGGUGUCAUUGAGAACUAUGCCGCGCUGAAAGAGCAGCUCUCCAGCAAAGGCUACAAGUUCGUGAGUCAAACGGACACCGAGCUGCUUGCUCACCUUGUACAGGACAUGCAGGCGGUGCGCUGGCCCAACCUACGAGACUGCUUACUGCAGGACCUCAAGAAGCAGAUGGAGGGGGCAACGUACACCGAGGUCGUCGCUACAGCUCUCCGGCUCUGUGAGGGAGCGUAUGGCGUCGCCUUCAUCUUCCAGGACGAGCCAGACUUGAUCAUCGGCGCAAGGAAGGGCUCGCCAUUGAUUCUUGGAGUCGGGCACGGAGAACACAUGCUUGCCAGCGACGCUUCUGCGAUUAUCGAGCAUACAAAGGACGUCGUGUACUUGCGCGAGGGUGAGCUUGUGGAAAUCCGGAGAUCCGGCUUCAAGGUGUCCGAGCUGCAAAAGAUCGUCUCUGGCUUGGGCAAAAACUCUUGGAGUCCUCGCAAGGAUGGCGAGAACCCGAUUGUGAGACUUGAGCUCUCGCUGGAACAAAUCGAGAAGGGUGGUUUCAAGCACUUCAUGCUCAAAGAAAUUAUGGAUCAGCCCAAUGCCAUGCGCAAUGCUCUGCGCGGGCGGAUUUACCAGCCGGUGGACAUGCCCGAGAAAUGGGAAAUCAAGUUGGGAGGCUUGGAGAAGGCCAAAGAGGGCAGGUCUUCCGAUGGAACCAGCCCGCUGGAAAGGAUGGCGAACUCCAGCAGACUUAUCUUCGCCGCUUGUGGAACUUCCUGGCAUUCUUCGCUGAUUGCGAAGUACGCUUUUGAGAAGCUGGCUGGAGUGACAGCCGAAGUGGAAUACGCCAGCGAGUUCAGAUACCGCAAGCCGCUGAUCUGCAAGUCGGACUGUCUGAUUGCCAUCUCACAAAGUGGUGAGACGGCAGACACCCUGGAGGCUAUCAAGAUGGCCAAACAUUAUCAGGCCCUCACCAUUGGAGUUGUCAAUGUUGUCGGCUCCAGCAUUGCCCGUGAGACAGAUGCGGGCAUGUACCUGCAUGCUGGGCCUGAGAUUGGUGUCGCGUCAACGAAGGCUUUCACGUGCCAGGUUGUUGCCCUUCUUUUGAUGGCACUUCGUUUGGGAAAGCAGCGAGGAGUGUUGUCGGAGACAAUGCUGAACAGCUACUGUGCUGCCUUGAACUCUGUGCCGGAUAGUAUAGAAAGAUGGUUGUCAGCGCUGACCGACCAGACUAGGGUUGUUUCCAAGUAUUUUCGCUUAGCCACGAAUGCAAUCUUCAGUGGAAUGGGCAUCCAUUAUCCAGUCGCUUUGGAAGGUGCCUUGAAACUGAAGGAGAUUUCUUACAUCCAUGCCGAGGGCUUUCCCGCCUCUGAGAUCAGGCAUGGCAGCAUCACUUUGGUCAGAAACUUUGUGCCUGUAAUCUGUGUGGCAAUGAGGUCUGAUCCUGCGUACGAAGACAUGAAGCAGAUGGUCAAGGACUUUAGGGACUCGUUCUGCGAGGGUAAAAGUCCCGUGUGCUUGUUCCGGUAUCGGAAGAUCGGUAAACCAUUCAGAGAUCAGCUGCAGAUCGAGCCCUUGCACAUGCCCGAGAGUCAUGAUGGUGGCACAGGUGUUCGGUUGUUGCUGAGGCAGAAACAGAUGACGAAAGCAACAGCCGAGCGAGAAGCUGUAAUGGCCUUGGUUCCGGUCUUGUUCAACUCCGCAUUUCAUUGUUGUGCUUUGGCAUGCCAGUUCUGGAACAUCAUGUCAAUAACACCUGCGCGCUCCUGUGAACCUCGUUCGAAUCUCGUGGCUUUUGCCUGUCUGGUGUUUCUAGGAACGGUUUCGCGGGAUGGCGUGAAUCGUCGGAUGGGCUCUUACGUUUGGAGCACAGGUGGGGUUCCUUCGGAUGGUGGCUACAAGUCUUUCUGGGGUCUGUCUGCCCGUCUUGUAUCUUUGGUGGGCAAGAGGUUCACGGACAAGGUGAGAAGACCUUGGAAGGUCUGGUUCUUUGACACUGCAAAGCAAGGAACACAGGCCCUGAUGAACCACAUCAUCAACAUUGGACUCUCUAUGGGGUUCGGCGAGUGGCUGUCUGUCGAUGCCGACCCCUGCAACUGGUACUGGAUUAACAUGUCCUUGGAUUGCACCUUGGGGGUUGGCAUCAUGUUCCUGCUGCUGCGGCUGCUGCAAUGCGUUUACCGCAGCAAGUUGGUUGCACGGCCAGAGCUUGCAAGGUGUGGCCAUUAUGGCGAUCCGCCCGACUUCAAGAUUUUCCUUCGUCAAUUGUUGGACUGGCAGGCGCUCGUCUUUGUACAGAAACUUAUGUUGGCAGCGCUCGUCAUCAACUUCCGUGCCAGCAUGGCUUUGAUUAGUACAGCAUUGCUUGGGUGGCUUGAUGAUUUUCCACGGGCUAAGCUCGUGGUCGUCAUGGUGCUGAUGCCGCUCAUACUCAACGUCUUCGCGUUGUGGACGGCAGACAGCUUCUUACAGGCCAAAGCCAAUGAUUGUGACGAAGUACAGGUGAGAGAGUCGCUGGUGGCGGGCAUCCCUGCAGUGGUGGGGCGUGAUGUGCCAGCGUUCCAUGCACAGGCCGACGAGGACUUGGAAGAUUCCAUCAUGUCCUUCCAGGAAUGGAAGCGGAGCCGCCGGCAAGCUUGA